AUGUCGGACAAAACGCGAACUACGCGUUUCGCGCACUGGAACAAAUGGCCGUUCAUCAACGUGAGAUCGAAUCAACUACAAUCGCCCUUCUUCCGGUUAUCACGCGAGAUACGAGACAAGAUCUACGAAUACUACGUCCUCGCCGAGAAUGGCUACUUCUACAACCCAGAAACACGGAAAAUGAUGGAUGGUCACCCGUCAUCCACAACGCCAAAACCACAGGUUAUCAACAUCAACUUGAUAAGGACUUGUAAGAUCACGGCGGCUGAGAUGAAGGGGUUGGCUUUCGAGCGUAAUGAGGUCAUAUUCCACGCUAUGUGCUCUGUCAACGAUGGGAAUGGGUGCCUGAGUCUCAACUCACGGGCUGGACGCUUCAAAAGUCAUCCAAAGAAUUCGUAUGAUCAUCUGCACCGCUUCGCUACUGACGACGGAUGA